GUGCAGCAAUUACCCAGAAUCCCGCGCGCCGUGCUUCCCUGCAGCCGAGUGAGGAGCAGCCAGGCGGCGGUGGCAGCGGGUCAUACAGGGAGCUCGGCUCUGGGAAUCCGGUAACGGACACGGCGAGAUGAACACCAUUAAGGGAGUGCCGUCCAGGAUAGCCAGGCGGUCAGGGCACGGCGUGGAGGCGGAGAGGGAGCAGUUUGACAGAAACCAGGGCAUCAGUAUCAGCAAGGCUAUCAAUGCGCAGGAAGCUCCAGUAAAGGAGAAACAUGCACGCCGCAUUAUCCUGGGCACUCAUCAUGAGAAAGGUGCAUUUACAUUUUGGUCAUAUGCCAUCGGUCUUCCCCUUCCUAGCAGCUCCAUUUUAAGUUGGAAAUUCUGCCAUGUACUGCACAAAAUUCUUCGAGAUGGGCAUCCAAAUGUUCUCUCAGAUUGUCAGCGAUAUCGCAAUAACAUUCGGGAAAUGGGAGAAUUAUGGGGUCAUUUGCAUGAUCGAUAUGGACAACUUGUGAACAUUUAUACAAAGCUGUUGCUUAAUAAGAUAAGCUUUCAUGUAAAGCAUCCUGAAUUUCCACCCAACCUGGAAGUGUCCGAUGAUGUCCUUGAGAAAGCAGCUGGCACAGAUGUAAACAACAUAUUUCAGCUCACUGUGGAAAUGUUUGAUUAUAUGGAUUGUGAAUUGAAGGUCUCCGAAGCUGUUGUGAGGCAGCUCAACAGCGCUAUUGCAGUGUCUCAGAUGUCUGCAGGACAGUGUAAGCUGGCGCCCCUGAUUCAGGUGAUCCAGGACUGCAGCCAUCUCUAUCAUUACACCGUCCAGCUGAUGUUCAAACUCCAUUCGUGCCUGCCUGCUGACACUCUCCAGGGGCACAGAGACCGAUUCCACGAGCAGUUUCACAGUCUUAAAACCUUCUUCAAACGAGCUUCUGACAUGCUGUACUUCAAGCGACUUAUUCAGAUACCCCGUCUUCCUGAUAGUCCUCCUAACUUUUUGAGAGCCUCGGCGUUAGCAGAACAUGUUAAGCCUGUGGUCGUCAUAGCCAAUGAGGCUCCAGAGGAAGAGGAACAACCAGAGUCUCUCGUAGAGAUUACCGCUGCACCUCAGCCUGUGGAACAGCCGGUCGUGGAAGAUCUGUUUCAACAAAACUUUUCUUCUCCAAACGGGCUUGUGAAAGAUGACAGGGAUCUUCAAAUUGAAAAUUUAAAGCAAGAAAUUGAAAUGCUGCGAGCAGAGUUGGAAAAAAUCAAACUGGAGGCUCAAAAGUACAUUUUGCAGCUGAAAGGUCAGAUUAACACUUUAGAAGCAGAAUUGGAGGAGCAGCGCAAGCAGAAACAGAAAGCCCUGGUUGAUAAUGAGCAAUUGCGGGAUGAACUGGAGAAACUGCGAAAACAAAAGCAAGAAACGGACAAGACCCAGGAGAUCUUGGUAGAAGCAGAAAAAAAAGCACAGGCAACAGAAUUGCGCUACAAUAAGCUGAAGGAAAAGCACAAUGAACUGAUAAAUGUCCAUGCUGGACUUCUCAGAAAGAAUGCAGACACUGCAAAGCAGCUCACUGUAUCACAGCAAAAUCAAGAAGAGGUGGCUCGUAUCAAGGAACAGCUGGAGUUUCAGAUGGAUCAGGUGAAGCGAGAGUCAGAAAUAAAGUUGGAAGAACAAACCUUUCAGACGGAGCAACUGAAAACUGAAAUGGAGUCUAAGAAGAGAGAGUUAGACAUGAUCCAGCAGUCGCUGAAUAAUUCAAUGCAGUCUGAAAGCCAUCUAAAUUCCACGCUGGCAACAUUAGAAGCUGAGAAGGAUGAAUUGAAAAGCUUGCUCAAGUCGAAGGAGACAGAGCUGUUAUCUGUCAGAAAUUUUGCCCAAGACACAGAGACUUUGUUCAAUCAAGAGCAGGAAAAACGAGCCAGUGAAAUACGGGACUUGAAUGAUAAACUCCACAAAAAGGGUGAAGACGAGCUGAAACUCUACCAGAAGAUGUUAGAGGACCAGUUUAACGUUGUUCAGAGAACUGUAAGCGAGGCCGAAAAUAUUAUUCAGGACGCCGUUGCUAAACUUGAUGACCCUCUUCACAUCCGUUGUACAAGCUCGCCAGAUUACCUUGUCAGCAGAGUCCAGACUGCGUUAGAAUCCGUAACUAAACUUGAAGAUGGCCAUGCUAAAUAUCUACAUGACAUGACAGAUGCGUCUACCUUGGUUGGGGCCCUUGCUCAAUUUGCUCAUCUGACUGCUGACACCAUCGUUAACGGCAGUGCAACCUCUCACUUAGCCCCACCGGACCAUGCAGACCGGCUUAGCGAAAGCUGUCUGGAUUGUGGGAAUCAGAGUUUGCAGUACCUGAAUACCCUAAAGAAUAAACAAUCCCUACAAGAUGCCAACCUGGCAGAUGUUCGAAGAACAUUACAGAACAUCCUUGGGCUUGGAGAGGAACUGAGACCGAAGAGUUUGGAUAUCAAGCAGGAAGAGUUGGGUGACAUGGUUGACAAAGAAAUGGCCUCUACAUCUAAAGCUAUAGAAGAUGCUGUACGAAGGAUUGAGGAAAUGAUGAACCAAGCUCGAAAAGACAGUUCAGGAGUGAAACUUGAAGUAAAUGAGAGGAUUCUAAACUCCUGUACUGACCUGAUGAAGGCUAUCAGACUUUUGGUCAUCACAUCUACAGACUUGCAGAAGGAGAUCGUGGAGAGCGGAAGAGGAGCAGCAAGCCCACAGGAAUUCUACGCCAAGAACUCUCGCUGGACAGAAGGACUGAUAUCUGCCUCCAAAGCCGUAGGAUGGGGAGCGACCCAGCUAGUAGAAUCUGCGGACAACGUGGUCCUUCAUAAAGGCAAAUACGAAGAACUUAUAGUGGGUUCUCACGAGAUUGCAGCAAGCACAGCACAACUAGUGGCUGCAUCAAAGGUAAAGGCGGAUAAGAACAGCAAGAACCUGCCCAAGCUUCAGCAAUGCUCCCGUCAUGUGAAUGAAAUGGCUGCCAAUGUGGUAGCUUCAACAAAAUCUGGAAUCGAACAAAUUGAAGAUAAAGAUACCAUGGACUUUUCUGGGAUGUCCCUGAUUAAACUGAAGAGAGAAGAGAUGGAAAGCCAGGUUAAGGUUCUGGAGCUGGAGAACAUGUUGCAGAAUGAGAGGAUGCGUCUGGGUGAGCUGAGGAAGAAGCAUUACACUCUGGCAGGUGUUUAUGAAGAGGUGGAAGAAGUAAAAGCAUCGCCAGUUCAGAAGCCAGGUAUCCUGAAGAAACCACAGCUGGCCCAGAAACCCAACAUGCUACCAAAAACGGAUUAUAAGAUCGAUAAGGAGGAUGGUGUAUAUCAAGCAAAUUUAAUAAACUUCUAGCCAUUAUCUGAAGAACUUUCCAAAGACAAUUAGAUCAUUUCUGUACACUGUGCGUAGUCUGGCCUGCUAUCUGUGGGAGCUUGGAUAAUACUGCAGGUGCUCAGUAGUCGCUCCAUCUGUGUUCUCGAUGGAUACCAGCUGCCUGGAUGCUUUCAGAUGGUGAACCCCCAUCCUUCACUUCCAUCAAUGCUGAUCAUAAUGUAGUACAAGUAAUCUAGGCCUGCUGCCAUAUCAGAUUUAUUUUAAAAAAAAAUAAUGUUUUAAUUUAUUUUGUACAAAAUGUUCUUUAGGUUAAAGCACAGAUGACAAUCUCCUGUAUAACUA